CGAUUGUUUCUUCUUCGUUCUCCAGUUUCGUCGGAUAAAUCUAAAAAGAGGCAAAAUCAAAUCGAAUUCUCGAAGAAGCAAAUAACGUCUGCAUAAAGGUUUAAAGUUUAUCUCUUCCGAAGAAGUUAUGUCUCUUACAUGCGUUAAUAUGUCCGAGGAUGUCUGGUUGACUUGCCUCACUCACGCAUUAUCCACCGAGACCGAAGAGAUCAUGGGUCUCCUUCUCGGCGACAUCGAGUACUCAAAGGACGGGGGAAGUGCCACAGCUAUGAUCUGGGGAGCAUCGCCUCAGUCACGGUCUGAUCGGCAGAAGGAUAGAGUUGAAACCAAUCCUGAACAACUGGCUGCUGCUUCUGCUCAGGCUGAUAGAAUGACGAUAUCAACGGGCAGAACUACACGGGUCAUUGGAUGGUACCACUCCCAUCCUCAUAUUACCGUUCUUCCUUCCCAUGUCGAUGUUCGAACACAAGCUAUGUAUCAGCUUUUAGAUUCUGGUUUUAUUGGCCUCAUCUUUUCCUGUUUUAGUGAAGAUGCUAACAAGGUUGGCAGAAUCCAAGUUAUCGCUUUCCAGUCUUCUGAUGGAAAGCCGAAUAGUAUUCCUAAAUCAAUGAGCCUGGUUCUUGCAAAUAAAGAUUCUGUUAUCGAUUUAGAAUCUUCAUUUAGUUCUUCGGACUCGAUAUACCAGAGAUCGUCUUCUGCUCGGGGAGACAAUCCUGAGCUCGACACAAGUGAUACAGCUACAACUUCCGGAUCUAAGGGUGGAGGACGCGUUUCAGAUUUUGAGGCUUUCUUUGUGAACAAUACUGAGGCCAACAACACCAGAAGAGAUGGAACAAGUGGAAACUACAGCAGCACAGCAAUAGAAAUUGACUCGAUGGACAUGUCUGAAAGUAUGCAAGAGGCAAUGCACCGCUCAAAUUUAGAAACCAGUGGUGUGGGGUAUGUUAGAAAAGAAGUCCCACUUCAUGUUUUGCCGACUUCAUCCCUUCUUCAACUCAAUUCACCUUUAGCAUCUUUUAAAAGCCUGCAACGAGUACUCUACGAGGAGGAACGAGCAGCGUACCACCAAUCCGUGCAGCAAAGCAAGAGAGACGGGAGAGUUCAUCCUCUUGCUUUCAUUCACAACACAUCAACAUAUCAGGCUUCCAUGUGCAAGUUAAUAGAAUACUGCUUGAGUCCUGCCAUUAACGCACUUCAAGAUAGGCUGAAGGAGAACAAGAUCCGGGUAUGUGUCUCCUCAUAAAUAAAGCUCUUUCAUGGAUGAUGAUUUUUUUGGCUGGGUCGAAAUCCUGUUGUGUGUGUUGUGCAGUUAGCAAUGCUGAUGGAUGAAGCUGAAGUUUUGGAAGCACAGAAACUGAAAGGAGCAGAGACAAGCGGGGGAGCAUCUCGUCUGGUUCACGGUUCUGGCAGCCGAAGCAGAAGACGAUCGUAGAAAGAUCUGUGACUAAAGGCACAUGCCUUCCUCUUUGUGUAUGUUUCUAUUUGGAUAUUUGUUUUCUUACAACUGUAUCAUAGGCAGACAUCUGUUCUUAGUUUACUCAUCUGUAGCAUUAUUGGGGUUUUUUCAUUUUCAUGGAAGAUUAACCUUUUCCAAGAGAUCUGUAAUAUAUCAAAUUCAUAAUGGAUAUGAGGUGGAAAAGAAAAAGUGAACCUUGAUUGC